UGCCAUCUGUCAGUGUCCAUUAAUGCCACCUGUCAGUGCCCAUCAAUGCCACCUGCUAGUGCCCAUCAGUGCCACAUAUCAGUGCCUACCAGUGCACAUCAAUGCCACAUAUCAGUACCCAUCUGAGCUGCCUUUCAUCAGUGUUGCCUAACAGUGCCAGUCAGUGCCGCCUAUCAGUGCCAUAUGAGUGCUAGCUUUCAGUGCCCAUCAGUGAUGCCUGUCAAUGCCCAUCAGUGCCACCUACCAGUGCCUCCUCAUCAAUGCUACCUAUCAGUGCAGCCUAUCAGUGCCCAUCACUGCAGCCUCAUUAG